AUGCACGCCGUCGAAGCAACGCAAUGUCAUACGCUCGCUAAAGGACAAAUGGAGGGAGGUCAAACCGACAGACAGCUUGAUUAUUUUAUCAAGCGAAGUGAUCCACCUAACAGCGACUGUCAUCAUUGGCGUGAUAUACUUGUGGUUGGAGAGUUGACCAAACUACCAACUUCGGCUUUUCUGGAUAAGUUUCUCCAGCUUUGUGUCUACAUGAGUGAAGUGUUCUUGGCACAGCCUCUUCGACAUUUUGUACACGGAUUCAUACUUUUCGGGACACAACUCCAGCUUUGGGUAUUUGAUCGAUCGGGACCGUAUUGUGAGUCUAUCAUUGAUGUUGGGAAAUCACAGAAAAAAUUGCAUGGAAUCGACCCAAACAUCCGAUAUGACGGCGAUAAAAUCAUCAUCAAGAUGAAGGUUCCGGGGUCAGUUGAAAUGCGGGAGUUCGUUCUUGACUCGAAGCCGUUAGUAAUUCAGUCGGCGCUUGUCUCUAGGGGCACCACAGUUUACUCCUCUGUGGAAAAAAGCUUUGUGGUGAAAUUCUCAUGGAAGAUAUGCGGGGGCACCUCUGAAGUAGACUUGCUCCAGAUUGCAAAGGAUGUCGUUGGAAUGGCUAAGCUUGAGGGAUGGCGUGACUUGGUACAAAUAAGCACGCUCCGAAAGGGACUUCAAUUCACUCACCAAAUGGUGAAAUGCACACGACCAGCGGAACAGGUAUUAACUACGCCAGUUGUUUUAAGUGGGAAGUCUAUCCAAGUAUUGAAGAGUGCAAGCAAAGCUGAAUCCCGAAAGCGGAAGAAUGAAUCACAGAAGCACGGAGAUGAGAUCGAGCCGGUAAGUAAACGAACUCGAAGUGGAAUCAAAGAAAUACCUCGGAGCGUUCCUAUGGUUGAAAUUAGAUCACAGUCGAUUGAAAUGGCACCGAGCUCGGAAACCACUUCAUCAGCUGAUGGUAACCUUAAUAUUACUAAAAAUACCCAGAGACGUAGCAGCCGCUUAGAGGAGCUGCGAACGAGUCAAUCCAUCGGCGUGAAGCGGAAAUGUCAGGAAAACGUCGAUGUCAACGAACGCCUGAAAAGAGUCCACCUUUCUGGCCAAUCAGUAGAUGUUGCAACUGAUGUUGAGAACCCAGGAAAUUCUCAUGGGACUGAUUCCAACCAUUCAAGUAUUUCCAGCCAAAGUGAAGAAUCGUUGUCAUCAUUUACAAGUGAUUUCAUCCCAUCUGGCUUCAAAAUAGAAACGGUAAAAUGUGUUGAAAUACGGAAGCGCCAACAAGCAGCGGUCGCAAUAUCGCCAUUCGGGAAACCAAUUAGUAAGUUUGACACGCCACUUGAAAUGAUAAUCGGGUUAUACGACGCUAUCAAGGCGCAUAGGUCACUACUUCUUGAUGCCAAUAUAUUACAUCGAGAUAUAUCGGUGAACAACGUCCUUCUGAAGCACUGUGAAGACCCCAAGGAUUAUGGUGGCAUACUCAUUGAUCUUGACCUGACCAUUCUAUUCAAGGGAGGUGAAGCACAAGGGAAACUGGGAGCGAUGACGGGCACAAUUCAAUUCAUGGCAUUGGAAAUUCUUCAGAACAGCUUUGCACUACCAGGUGCCGUAGUGUCACACUCGUACCGCCAUGAUCUUGAGUCGUUUUUUUACGUCUUAUUGUGGAUUUGCAUACGAUCUCGUUGGCCUGAUGAUAAGUCACCGCACGCGGCCUUUUUAAGGAAGUGGUAUUCUGGGGCUGCCGAAGAGAUUUAUUCGAACAAGGAGACCCAAAUGAAGAAAGGUACAUUCGGAGAGAAAGUCAUGAAAAGGAUUUCACCGGAAUUUGAAGAUGUCAAAAUCCUUGUUUGGACUUUCUGGAAUACCUUAUUCUAUAAGGAUCAAGAAUUCACGAUUGGUACCGCUCCUGAUCCUGACACUCUAUAUGGCCCAAUAAUCGAGACAUUUGAAAAUACAAUUCUGCAUCUAAAGUCGUAA